CUGCCUUUUUUUGUAAGAAGGAGACGGUGGUUUUUGGGACGCAGUUUAUAAUUUCAUUUUAUUAAUUAAAAAAAAAAUCAUCUGUAUAAAAAUGUUUUGCUAGAUUCAGCUGUUUUUAAAACCCGACACCAGCAUUUGUUGGCAGGUUGGCUACUGAAGUAGGACGUUCACUGGCAGUUUGAUGAGAGUUUUGUUUUUUUGAUAUGAAAUAGAGUGCCCUGUCAGGGAGACAUAAUGGAGAAGUCUAAGUCUGUACCAAGUCGAGCUGAUGUUGCUAAGUGGUCUGUAAGUCAACUAGCAGAUUAUUUUAGAAAGUCUGGAAGAAAUAGUAUUGAAAAAGUUGUGAAAAAGUAUGGAAUAGAUGGGUCACGGUUUGUGGACUUAUCAGAAAAUGAUAUUCAGAGGUUUCAGCCGAUUGAUGUACCAGUAGUCACAAAACUUAUCCAGGAAAUAAAGAAGAAAGAUGAAAGAAGAGGUUUCUUUCAGAAAAAGCCUCAAGUCCAAAAAAUGCCAGAACUUUCAGGAUACCGUGAUGACGAACAGUAUUGGUCCUCAUUUGACGAAGAUGAGGAUGAUGAUUAUGAAAGUCCAGAUCCAGAAGAUGAUGCAGAUGAUGCAGAUUAUGAAUCACCCACUGAAGACAUUCAAGGAAAUAUCAGUGACAAUGAUUAUGAACCUCCCCCAUCUAAUGAUGAAGAAAUGGCAAAUGUAAUUUGUCCUGCAAAGCCUAUUACUGGGAAUUCUGAAUAUAUAGACAGACCUACAUCAAUGAAAUCUCCGCACAAUCCACCAGUUCCACCUCAGAGACCUGGGCCUUCCCCAAUGCCUCCACUAAUCGGAAGCAGAGGAGGAGUUGCACUACCUUUGCCUUUAUCAAAUGAUGACAGCAGCAGAGAGCGACACGGCAGACCUACAAAACCCCCUGCUCCAUCAAUUGACAGAAGUAAAAAGCCACUUCUGGAUCGAUCAGUUCCAAAUGCCUGUGACAGAGAUUCCCCAGUAUUAGGAAAGAAGAGUCCUUUUCCUGAUAAGUCUUUCACACCACAGCCACCAAUGAGACCCCAUUUUCAAGACAGAGUAGCAGAUGCAUCACCUAGGAUACCAAAGCCACCAAUACCAACUGAAAGGAGCAGUACUGCACUAUCAUCAUCAUCAUCAUCAUCAUCAUCAUCACUGGGAAGAAAGAUACCACCUGGAAGGCCCCCAUGGACUUCAGGAAGAAAUGAUGAUGAAGAAGAAGAUGAUAUUCAGCAGAGACCUGUACCACAACCAGGUGGCCCACCAUUCAAUUCCAACACAUUCCCUUAUAGGAAUGCCAAAUCUGCUUCCAAACCAGCUCUUUCUGGAACGCACAGUAUGCCUACACCAGACAGUUUAUCACCAAGCAACCCAAUGUCAAUGCCUCAUCGCUUAAGCCAAGUUGCAAAUGCCAAUAGACCAGGCUUAGGAGGACACAGCGACAUGAAGCCACCUAUUCCACCUUCAGGGAAGAAACCUCCAAUACCUGCACCAAAUGAUGAUGAGGAGGUUUUGGACCAUGAAUGGUAUGUAGGACAAAUUAACCGAGGAGAAGCAGAAUCAGCUCUUAGAAGGAUAAACCAGGAUGGUGCUUUUUUGGUGAGAGACAGCUCAAGAAAGACACCUGAACAUCCAUAUGUACUUGUUGUCUUAUACAAUGACAAAGUGUACAAUGUCCAAAUUCGUUAUAAUGCCAAAGAGGAUGCAUACCUGCUUGGAACUGGACUCAGGGGAAGAGAGACGUUCACUUCAGUGACUGAAAUAAUAGAGCAUUUUAGGAAAACGCCACUUCUUCUUAUUGAUGGCAAGGAUCAGGAUUCACGAAACCAGUGCACCUUAACAUAUGCAGCAGCUACAGCGAGGUAUUAGGACACGAAACCAGUGCACCUUAACAUAUGCAGCAGCUACAGCGAGGUAUUAGGACGCGGUAUUGGAUGCACCAAUGCCACUAUAGGCUUGUAACAGUCUUCAGAUUACUUUUUACCACAUGUAUGACUGAAGAUAAAACCAUGCUGCAUGCGAAACAAAGUGAAGAAGUUUUAAUAAAGUUAUUAUGCUUUUUUUUUUUUUUUUUUUAUGAAACUCCCUCAAUAAACUGCCAGAAGUCACUUAGAAUACAUACAGCAACAAUAUCUUUAUUUUUAUCAUAUUCAUCUUGAAGAUGGAAAGUUCCCACCUUGGAAAGAUUGUAAACAUUACAAAUUCCUUGUAAUGCACAUUAACGAACAGAAUAUGUGUGUUAUUAAAAUUUAAUUACAAUCUUUGCUAUUCAUGUGUGCAGUCUUAGAUGUCCGUAUAUCUUUAUUGUGUUACAUGCAUUGUUUUAAAUCCAUCUGCUAUUAAAAUGUUUAUGUUUGAAUGGAUGCUGUAAAUGUACACAUGAUAAAAAUGGAAUAUGGAACAUU